AUGGCCGAGUUAUUCAACACGAUUGGCGAGAAGGCUGAGAAGGUCGCUCCGGCGGCUAUUCCUAAUGGGACGACGGAGGACGGGGACGAGAAGGUGGUUGAGGAGAUCGAGUCCCUCUGCAUGAACUGUGAGGAGAAUGGUAUGACACGCCUUCUCCUGACCAAGAUCCCGUAUUUCCGCGAAAUCAUCAUUAUGUCUUUCUCCUGCGACCACUGCGGCCUCAGCAACAACGAGAUCCAGCCCGCCGGCACCUUCCAACUCAAGGGCGCCCAUUACGAGCUCCGGUUGACAGAGAUGCCCGACUUCGAGCGCCAGGUUAUCAAGUCCGACACGGCCACUGUCAAGUUCAUCGAGAUGGAUGUGGAGGUCCCGGCUGGCAAGGGCCAGCUCUCGAACGUGGAGGGUCUCCUGACAACGAUUCUUGAUGACCUAGAGUUCGCACAGGAGAAGCGCAAGGAGGAGACCCCUGAGGUGCACGCCAAGGUAGCCGAGAUUAUUGCUAAGGGCAGAAAGAUGCUUGCUGGCGAGGCAUUUCCGUUCCGCGUUGCCAUCGACGACCCGGCGGGCAACUCGUUCAUCGCCCCUGACCCCCGUGACGGCGUGGGCAAGUGGUCGAAGCGAGAGUUCCUCCGCACGCCCGAGCAGAACGCGGCUCUCGGCCUCACCGACACCGCCCAAACGGACGACCUCGACGACGAAGGCAACAUCAUCCCCGAUCAGGUUUACCAGUUCCCGGCCUCUUGCCCGGGCUGCUUGCACUCCUGCACGACCAACAUGAAGAUGGUCGAGAUCCCGCACUUCCGGCAGGUAGUCAUCAUGAACACGUCGUGCGACGACUGCGGCUACAAGUCAAACGACGUCAAAACGGGCGGCGAGAUUCCCGAGAAGGGCCGAAAGGUCACCCUCCGCGUUCGCAACCCCGAGGAUCUCGCCCGCGACAUCCUCAAGAGCGAGAGCUGCGCCCUCGAGUGCCCGGAGCUCAGCCUCACGGUCAACCCGGGCACGCUCGGCGGCCGCUUCACCACCGUCGAGGGCCUGCUUACCCAGGUGCGCGACGACCUGCACGGCCAGAUUUUCGAGGCCAACGCCGACGCCGGCGCGGCGGCGCGCAAGAACGACUCGCUCGACAAGGAGGAGAAGUCGCGCUGGGACCAGUUCUUCGACGGCCUCAACGCCGCCAUCAAGGGCGAAAAGGAGUUCACCAUCGUGCUCAGUGACCCGCUCGCGAGUAGCUAUGUUCAGAGCACGGCCGAGGACCCCGCCCAGCCGGACGAGCAGAUGACCGUGGAGGAGUAUGAGCGCACGGAUGAGGAGGAGGAAGAGCUGGGCCUGAAGGACAUGAAGACGGAGGGCUAUGAGGAGGAUGCCGAGACGACGGAGACGACUGCAUGA